UAUCUUUUUCUGUGAACUUACCACUCACUGCGCCGCGCAGCGAGGGCCGUUAGCAACCUCAGAUCCAAUGAGGGGGCCAAGGUUCCUUGAUCCAAUAAUCCGGCCAAGGCUACAUCCGGUCUUGGCGGUGCCCCUUCGAUCUCCAACUGCAAGGGCAGUCCUGUCCGGCCGGUGAGCCAGGAGUGUCUGCGGCGAGCCCUUUAGGAGUCCGGUCAAUAUACCUUUCAAGGGCAACGGAAUCCGCGUCUACGCAAUCUACGGAGGAGCGCUGGUCCCGGCGUUCGGUGUUUGCGUUCCGCUCCCCUCCACAUGACCCCAUGAUACCAGGGGCAUGAAGGCGACGACGAUGGCUUGGGACCCAAUCAUAUUGCCUGCAGAAGCACGCGAGAGGGGUACAAGAGAUGAACCAGACCUCGUAGACGUUCAUUGUCCGCUCCUGUGAAUUCAAAGAGGCAGGUUAAAAGGGCUCAAAUACAUCGCACGAACAAGAUUGCUUCCCCUUGUCAAGCCUAUUGCCCUUGCUGGAUGUGGUCUUCUAAUUUGUCUUAGUAGACUGCAGUCUACGGAGCAUGUUCUCCAUUCCAUCCCGCUCAUCUCCCAUCGAGGCGUUCAAGAAUCUGGGUUACCACCGUACAAGACUCCACGGGUCGGCGUUCAAGUCGUCUCCUCCGGUCUCUAUCUAUCUUUGCGUUAUAUCUUCCAUCUAUCCAUUACCAAGUCUCGUCGUAUCACCAUGCGCAAAAUUCAUACCAACUAAUAUCCCACUUCUCCCAGCAACUGGACAGCUUCACGAAAACCAUUCAAUAACAAACUCAAGUACACUAUGGCCGUCACAUUCGAACCAUGGGUCCGGAUGCCAAGGACUUGCAAAAUUCCUUCAACCGGUGCUUUAGCCUCUGCCUCUCCGGACACCUCAACAGCCUCAACUGUGCCGGCUACUGCUAACCGUGUUGCGGGCUCCUCUGGAAUCAUUACAGAAAACCCUGCAAAACGUCGCAAAAGCUCGAACGACUUCUUGAAGCUUGGCAGUGCUUCUACUCCUUUGGGGCGCCACGAGUCCUCCAGGUCGACCGUCCCGGCCUUUUCCGCCCAAAAACUCCCGAAUGUGCCUGACGUCGCCCUCGCAACUCUGGCCCGCAAGAAUUAUAAAUUCUUGCACUUCUUUUGGGCCAUGGAUCCAGACAAAAGAGACGCCAUUAUUGCAGAGAUUGGAGACGGGGUGGAUGGAGAGACGUGGUGGAGGGUCAACCAUUACCAUCCGCUAUACGCCAGCGAACCCUGCAAGAUUGCCUUCCUCAUUAUAGCCGAAAAAUAUCUUGACCAGAAGUCGAUUCAAAAAGCGAUAGCGGAUUACAAGCACGAAAAGAACAAGACGAACAAGGGCGAGGGCCAAAGGCCGCCGAUGAGUCAAUACGGAUGCUACCGCUGCUACACGCUCCAGCCCGAGGCAGCGUUCGAAGCCAAUCCUCCCCACGUCGUCGUGUUUCCCUGCGGACGUCUCACUAUGUACAAAGGAGAAAAUGAUCUCCCGGCAUUCCAAGGAGGAGCACAUCUUCUUCGGAGGUACUGCAUUGAGUGCGGCGUCAGGGAUGGCUUAUAUCUCGACAAUGUCUUGGUUGAGUCAAUGACCAAUCAGAAGUGGUGGGUGUGUAAGUGCCGGCGUAUACACUGGGUAUCGCCCAGCAAGUCGUAUGUGGAAUGCGAAGGCUGUCUCAGGAAGAGUGCGUUCAGAUCGGUGAAAGAGGAAGUCACAGUACUUUUUCCUUCAUGGGGAGUUCCCCUUAUGGAACUGGGUCCUAAGGAACAUCCGACGUGUUGCAGUCAGGCUGACAUAAGGCGUUAAUUGCUGCCCGCAAUUAACGGCGUCGUUUUUGCGACACGACGCGUAUUCGACAAUGCAUAUGUGGGAUUCAACGACCUUAUCAAUGGACAGUGAAGAAUCCGACCUCACUCUUGCCAGUGUUCCUGCCUGCAGGCGGGUAUGCCAUUCGGGCGGAUCCAUGCCGGAGCUGUGGCACUCCGAGGUGUGCACACUGUUUUGUGACUAAAAGGGUCAAAGUAGCCGGGGAACUUGAGGCGUCAGUGUGGUGGUCACUGUCCAGCAAAACUACAGGCCGACUGACAUGGAUAUGGGACUGCGAACACAGUUGUUUUUUGUGAAUUAGGGCAGAUUC